UGAUGAUUAGAACUUUUGUGUCAUGGAAUAACUGUGGGGAGCCCCAGAAUUAUAUGAAUAUACUGCCAAAGAAGUAUACAUCACCAUGCUGUCAGUAUCACACUUUCUGUUGUACACAUGUAUGGGAUAUUUUAGACUGCAGUGACCUAUGAUGAUGUGCAUAUCGACUUCACUUGGGAGGAGUGGAUUUUGAUGGAUCCUUCCCAGAAGAAUCUCUACAAAGAUGUAAUGUGGGAGACCUACAGAAACCUUACUGCUGUAGGCUACAGUUGGGAAGACCGCGAUAUUGAAGAGCAUUGUCAAAGUUCUGGAAGACUUAGAAGGUACAAAGAACAUCAUAUUGGGGAGAAACCCUCUGAAUAUACUCAAUAUGCAAAAGCAUUUUUAUAUUAUGGUCAUCUUCAAAAUAAUGAAAGUAUUCAUACUGGAGAGAAACUCUAUAGUUGUAUUCAAUAUGAUGAAGCCUUUUCACACAACAGUAGUCUCCAAAUACAUAAAGAAACACAUACUGGAGAGAAAAUCAUUGAGAGUAAUCAGUGUGGUAAAGCCUUCACAAGUCAUGAUCAUUUUCAAAUACAUAAAAGAACACAUGCUGGAGAGAAAACCUAUGAAUGUAAUCAAUGUGGUAAAGCCUUUGCAUGUACCAGUAGACUCCGAAGACAUGAAAGAACACAUACUGGAGAGAAACCCUAUGAAUGUAAUCAAUGUGGUAAAGCCUUUGCAUGUACCAGUAGUCUCCAAAGACAUGAAAGAACACAUACUGGAGAGAAACCCUACAAAUGUAAUCAAUGUGAUAAAGCCUUUUCACAACACAAUACUCUCCAAAUACAUAAAAGAACACAUUCUGGAGAGAAACCCUACAAAUGCAAUCAAUGUGAUAAAGCCUUUUCAGGACACAGUAAUCUUCACAUGCAUAAAAGAACACAUUCUGGAGAGAAACCCUACAAAUGUAAUCAAUGUGAUAAAGCCUUUGCAUGUGCCAAUAGUCUCCAAAGACAUGAAAAUAUACAUUCUAGAGAUAAACCCUACAAAUGUAAUCAAUGUGAUAAAGCCUUUGCAUGUGCCACUAGUCUCCAAAUACAUGAAAGAACACAUUCUGUAGAGAAACCCUACAAAUGUAAUCAAUGUGAUAAAGCCUUUUUACGACACAGUCUUCUCCAAAUACAUAAAAGAACACAUACUGGAGAGAAACCCUACAAGUGUCAUCAAUGUGAUAAAGCCUUUUCACAACACAGUUAUCUCCAAAUACAUGAAAGUACACAUUCUGGAGAGAAACCCUACAAAUGUAAUCAAUGUGAUAAAGACUUUUCACGACACAGUCUUCUCCAAAUACAUGAAAGAAUGCAUUCUGGAGAGAAACCCUACAAAUGUAAUCAAUGUGAUAAAGCUUUUGCAUGUGCCAGUACUCUCCAAAUGCAUGAAAGAACACAUACUGGAGAGAAACCCUACAAAUGUAAUCAAUGUGAUAAAGCCUUUUUACGACACAGUCAUCUCCAGAUACAUGAAAGAAUACAUUCUGGAGAGAAACCCUACAAAUGUAAUCAAUGUGAUCAAGCCUUUGCAUGUUCCAGUAGUCUCCGAAAACAUGAAAGAACACAUUCUGGAGUGAAACCCUAUAAAUGUAAUCAAUGUGAUAAAGCCUUUUCACAACACAGUCAUCUCCAAAGACAUGAAAGAACACAUUCCGGAGAGAAACCCUACAAAUGUAGUCAAUGUCAUAAAAACUUUUCACGACACAGUCUUCUCCAAAUGCAUGAAAGAACACAUUCUGGAGAGAAACCCUACAAAUGUAAUCAAUGUGAUAAGGGCUUUGCAUGUGUUGGUAGUUUCCAAGUACAUGAAAGAAAACAUACUGGAGAGAAACCCUACAAAUGUAAUCAAUGUGAUAAAGCCUUUUUACAACACUGUCAUCUCCAAAUACAUGAAAGAACACAUUCUGGAGAGAAACCCCAUGAAUGUAAUCAGUGUGGUAAAGGCUUUGCAUGUUCCAGUAGUCUCCGAAGACAUGAAAGAACACAUACUGGAGAGAAACCCUACAAAUGUAAUCAAUGUGAUAAAGCCUUUUCACGACACAGUUAUCUCCAAAGACAUGAAAGAACACAUUACUGGAGAGACAUCCUACAAAUAUAAUCAAUGUGAUAAAGGCUUUUCACAACACAGUAACCUUUAAAUUCAUGAAAGAACACAUACUGGAUAGAAACCCUAUGAAUGUAAUCAAUAGUUUCUGAAGACAUGAAAGAACACAUACUGGAGAGAAACCCUACAGAUGUAAUCAAUGUAAUAAAGGCUUUUUACAACACUGUCAUCUCCAAAUACAUAAAAGAACACAAUCUAGAGAGAAACCCUAUGAAUGUAGUCAAUGUGAUAAAGCCUUUGCAUGUGCUGGUAAUCUCUGCA